AUGCGCUUCAGCAUACCGGAAGCUCAGUUUACCCUCCAGAACAUCAAGGUUGCCCUGUCGGCGUUUUUGCUGCCCAUAUCCAAGGUUGUCGGUCUAGAAACGUGCUCAGUCAGUUUUCGAUGCGUAAAGAGCAUAGAAGAUGUGGUGCAUCCGCAGUACCAAGAAAUCAUUGCUGUCUUCAAGUGUGAUCGUCCCGUCGAAAUCGGUGAAGAAGAUGACCUUAGGGUUGGUCUUCAUAUAAGGAAGAGUAGAAUCACUCAUGGUCACGCAAUUUGGUCGCAAAGUCGAAGUGUGACUAGGAAUGGCGAUCUAAGCAGGGACUGUAUAGAAUAG